AUGUUGGACGGCGGAUUGGGUAAACUGCAGAAGAAGAUGCGAGGGAGGUUAGGUGAUAUGCUGACGCCAGAAGAUGCUUUCUUAAGCUACUAUGACGUUCGAUUGACCAGAGAGGACAUGCAAAACCUCAAGAACGACUGGCUCAACGAUAAUCUUAUUUCAUUCUGGCAAGAAUACCUCGAACACGAAUUCCUAGCCAAAUACAAAACCUCCAACAUCGUCCUCCUGCGACCAAGCAUGUCCUUCAUGCUCGCGCAAACACGAGACCCACGAACCCUCCGCGACGCCCUUCCAGACUUCUCCCGCGCAACCCACGUCUUCCUCCCCAUAAACGACUGCCGAAACGUAACGCAAGCAGAAGGCGGCACGCACUGGUCCCUUCUACUCAUCUCAGUCGUUGACCGUAUCGCAUUCCACUAUGACUCGUUAUACCAAGGAAACCACUGGGAAGCGAAUGAUGUGACGAACAAAUUCAGCAUGCUCCUGAAUAUACCCAUUAGGUUUUUACAUCUACAAGAUUCGCCGCAGCAAGAUGGGGGAAGUGACUGUGGGGUAUUUGUGUGUUUGAAUAUGAGACAUCUUCUUCUUAAGAGGUUGUUGAUGGCUUCUGCGCAUGAAAAGGUUAGUAUGAGUCUUGGUGGGAGGAGGGUUGAUGCAUCUGCGGGACGAAAGGAGAUGACGAAGAUUAUUGAGGGAUUUAGAAAGGAGGGGGAGCGGAGACGAUCGACGAGUAUGAGUCGGAGUCCUAUGGGUAAGAAAUCUCGAAGCCCGCCGCGCAUUGAAUGA